AUGGCAUCAGUUUCGGCUCAGGAAAAGCAGGAGACGGAGAUCGUGGCCGCUUCGACUCUGCCCAUUAAAGUGGACGUCGAUACUCCCGAAGUUGCUGUUAAAGAUAUCAAGGGCGCUGAUCCUUCGGACGAUGUUGCUCGUCAGUACUAUCUGCAGAAUAGGGAUGAAGAAAUCUCUGACGAAGAGAAAAAGCGCGUUCGUAGAAAGAUCGACCUCUAUCUUCUUCCGAUGAUGAUGGUUACCGGGUUCCUGCAGUAUCUCGACAAGUCCACCAUUAACUACUCUGCCAAUUAUGGCAUGAGGGAGAGCCUCAAUAUGGUAGGAACCGACUAUUCUUGGGCCAGCUCCAUCUUCUACUUUGGCUUCCUGUUCUGGCAGUAUCCUUCUUUACUGCUUCUUCAGAGGCUUCCCCUCGGCAAGUACUUUGCUUCGCAGGUGAUGGCAUGGGGCGUCCUCACAUUCCUAAUGGCCGCCUCGUCUAACUUUGGUGGGUUUGCUGCAUUGCGCUUCUUACUCGGCGCUGCGGAAUCCAUUCAACUUGCAGCCUUCUUCAUUAUCACCAACAUGUGGUACACACGCGAAGAGCAACCUAUCCGCCUCAUGGUGUGGUACGGAAUGAGCCCCAUUGCCAUCAUCGUAGGGUCUUUGUUUGCAUAUGGUAUCGGCCAUAUCGACUCUAGCAUUGGGCUCUGGAGGUUCCCGUUUAUCAUCUGCGGUGCCAUUUCAGUUGCAUGGGCGGUGAUUCUCUGGUUCGUCCUACCAUCUAAUCCCGCUAGCGCCUGGUUUCUCAACGAACGCGAGCGUGCUGUGGCCCUGCGGAGAAUAGAAGAUGCCAAAACUGGCGUGGAGUCCAAGUCGUUCAAGAUGGAUCAGGCCAUCGAAGCCCUCCUGGAUCCCAAGGUCUGGUUUGCUAUCCUUUCUACAGGAGCAGGAAACAUACUCAACGGCAUCGGUCUGUUUCAAAGUCUCGUCAUCAGAGGCUUCGGCUUCACACCCCUGCAAACCGCCCUCCUGCAGGUCCCUACUGGUGUCAUCGAGAUCGUCGGCCUCACCGUUUUCUGUACUCUCGCCUCGCGCAUCCGAAACUCGAGGCUAGCACUUGCUAGUCUAGCCAACGCCUUGGCCAUUGUCAGUGCUUCCAUGCUGUACGCCUUCGACGUGCACCAGCGCUGGCGCCUGAUGGCUGGAUUUUGGGCUAUUAUGGCUUUUAUCCCGUGUGGCUUCUUGCUCGGAAUAGGCACUAUCUCCGGAAACAUUGCCAGUCAUACCAAGAAAGUGACAGCUCAAGCCAUUAUGUUUACCUGUUACUGUUGUGGGUGCAUCGUUGGCCCCCAGCUAUAUACCACUCCUCCUUACAAGCAAGGCCUCAGGGCCAACAUUGUCGCUUUGGCUAUCAGCUUGGCUGCUGGCAUUUUUAACAUCGCGUAUAUGCACUUCAAGAACCGGAAGAGAAAGGCGUUCCUAGAGGAGAAUAGGCAUCUACUCAACGAAGAUAAUUACCAGUUCCGCGAUCUUACGGAUAAGCAAAACCCCUUCGUCUUCAACGUGCUCUAG